GGCCCGCGCCCUCCUCCCGCGGGAGAUGGUCCGGGCCAAGUGGGCGCGUCCGGCCCGGGUCGCCGGGAUCUGGUGUCCGCUGCAGCUGGCAGUGCGGCGGACGCGGGCACCGGCACAGCCGCCGGCGGGGCCGGCUAUUAAUAACGCUCCGGGCGAGCCCGGGGUCGGGCAGUCAUGGCCAGUCCGGAACCCCUGCGCGGCGGGGACGGCGCCCGGCCUGCGAGGGAAACAGGCACAGAGGCCAGUUCUCUUCAGGACGCCAAAACCCGGGAGGAGGCCAUCACUUUGAGCCCAGAGGCUACUCUAUCUUUGGAGGGGACUGUGAACCUAGACGACAUUCUCUAUCUGGGGGACUCGGUGGACUUUGAAGAGAGCCUCUACGUGGAAGAGUCUGAGAAGCCAGAGGAGACACUAUGUAUCGAUGAAUCGAGGCAGCCAGAGGAAGCUCUGGAUCUGGAAGAGCCGGUGAGUUCAGAGGAGCCCUUGUUUGUGGAGGAGCCUGUGAAACCAGAUGAAGUACAGUUGUCCCAGGAGCCUGUAGAGCCAGCUAAGAACCCAAGCCCGGAGCAGACUGCUUCUGAGGGAGAAAUGGUGGCCCCGGAGGAAAGCCUUCCGGCUCCACCGAUUCCCAGCACAGAGGAGGACCUCAGCAUGGAGGACCUGGAGCUGCUGGAGGGCCGUUUCGAGGAGUGUGUACAGGCUGUAUCCCAGUUGGAAGAGGAGAGGGACCAGCUUAUCCACGAGCUUGUGCUGCUCAGGGAACCAGCCCUGCAGGAGGUGCAGCAAAUCCACAGGGACAUCCUGGCUGCCUAUAAACUGCACGCCCAGGCCGAGCUGGAGCGGGAUGGGCUCAGGGAGGAGAUCCGGAUGGUGAAGCAGAAGCUGUUCAAGGUGACCAAGGAAUGCGUGGCCUACCAAUACCAGCUGGAGUGCCGCCAGCAGGACGUGGCUCAGUUUGCCGAUUGCAAGGAAGCGCUGAGCACUCGGGCAGCCCAGCUCUCGGGAGAACUUACCCAGCUCCGCGACGCCUAUCAGAAACAGAAGGAGCAGUUGCAGCAGCAGCUAGAAGCACCCCCAACCCAGAGCGAUGGGCACUUCCUCCAGGAGAGUCGGCGGCUGUCGACACAGUUUGAAAACCUCAUGGCAGAAAGCCGCCAGGGCUUGGAAGAGGAAUACGAGCCUCAGCUGCUGCGGCUCUUGGAGAGGAAAGAGGCAGGGACCAAAGCGCUGCAGGACACCCAGGCCGAGAUCCAAAAGAUGAAGGAGGCGCUGAGACCCCUGCAAGCCGAGGCCCGGCAGCUCCACCUUCAGAACAGGAACCUGGAGGACCAGAUCACACUCGUGAGGCAGAAACGUGACGAGGAGGUUCAACAGUACAGGGAGCAGCUGGAGGAGAUGGAGGAGAGACAGAGGCAGUUACGAAGCGGCGUGCAGGUCCAGCAACAGAAGAACAAAGAGAUGGAGCAGCUGAGGACCAGCCUCGCUGAAGAGCUCUCAACGUAUAAGGCUAUGCUACCCAAGAGUCUGGAACAGGCUGAUGCAGCUACUUCUCAGGCAGGUGGAGUCGAGGCCCAAUCCCAAGGAACUCUUUAGAAAUGUAUGGCCGGAUAUGUAACCCAGAAACAACAAAGCAUUUGUAUCAAAGCACCACCAGGGAUGGACUUUUCACCAAACAGGAGAGUGCCAGCAGCGGGCAAGCAAUUCAUCCUGUGAAAAUUGCCCAGAGAUUUUAGGGUUGGCUGGAAGCAGAAUACCAGUCAACUGGUACUAUCUGGAUUCUUUUCUGUAGGCUGCGAGUACUGAUCUUAAUGCACUGUGGGAUGGGAAAUGAGACUUUUUAUCCUUCAGCAGCACACUGGGUAUAACAGAUUUAUCACAUCUGGCAAUAUUGUGAAGAUUAUUUAUUGCUUUGUGUUGACCCAAACCAGAAACAUUCAAGGGGAAAAGUUGGGGUCAAAAGGCAGCCAAUCUUUGCUAUACAGAUCCACUACGUGGGUCCCUUUGAGCUAUGGGUAUUAGAUUUUUUUUUUUUCCGAGACAGGGUUUCUCUGUGGCUUUGGAGCCUGUCCUGGAAUUAGCUCUGUAGACCAGGCUGGUCUCGAACUCAGAGAUCCACCUGCCUCUGCCUCCCGAGUGCUGGGAUUAAAGGCGUGCGCCACCAUCGCCCAGCUGGGUAUUAGAUUUUAAAUGACUCUUUCACAAAGCUAUUUCCCCCUUAAUGUCUGCACUCUCUACUCUUAAUAUUUACUCUUAAAACAGAGCCAAGAUAGCUUUUUUUUUGACAAAGGACUUCAUUUAUAUAUAGCCCUGGCUGGCCUCGAACUCACUUUUCAGACAAUGCUGGCCCUGAACUCACAGAGAUCCGCCUGCCUUCACAGUACUGAGAUUAAAGACAAUGUUGAGUUUCUUUUUUGAGACGAAAUUUUCAAGUAGUCUAGGCUGAUUUCUAACUUAUGUAGGUCAGGAUGAUCUUGAACUUCUGAUCUUGCCUCUACCCCCAAUUACUAGGAUUACAGGUGUCCGUCACCAAGACACUUCUCUCCACACACUCCUCUCCCAAGGUAUCACCAUGUAGUGAUUUGGCUUUCUUGGAACACAUUACAUAGAGGGCCUCAAACUCAGCGAUCCUUAGUGCUGGGGUUAAAGACCUGUGCCAUCACAGCCAGCCCGACACACACUAAAACGAUGAGAACAGGAACCACUUUGAAAUUGGACCAGACACUCCAUUAUUCAGACUUUUCAAAAAAAAAAAAAAAAAUCAUCACUGGUUCUGGAGGUGAGUCAUCUAGACAGUUCAAGCAAAAUCAGUCAUUUUAUCUGGUUUUUGCAUGUGGUCAAAGGCACUCAUAGCCAACCCUUUAAAAGUAGGGGGUCCCAGUAAAAAACACUGGACAGAUACAAGGUUUCUAACACAAGCCUCUUUCAAAUUUAAACUCUGCCUUAAAUUCUCUAUUAUACUGCCUUUGACAUCUUAGAAACUUGUGUAGCUCUUUAGGGAAGACUUCAAAAAUAUGUAAUUUUACCGAGACUAGUUUGUGUACUGUUAAUACCUUCACUUUCCCUGGCAGGAGUAAAGUCCUUUUUUUAUGCUUCUGGAUCAAUUACAUUUAUUUUAAUCUUGACAGCCAAGACCAUGGAAAACAACUGUCAUCCAAAACAAUUCUUCAGGAAGCCGGAGACUGGUGUUUGAUGGGAUAUUAAAAAAAAACUCAGCAGCACAGGACACUUUAUAGAAAAGCAAUUUAUUCCAUUAUAAGCACUUACACAGUUAGUCAUGGAGAGUAGUAACAGGCCUGAUGGUGAGACAGGUCAACCAAAAUGGAAAUGGCUUCAAACUAUAGUGGUCAAGGACUAACUCCUAAAAAAAGCAACUCUUAUCAAGGAUUAAUUUAAUUUUAAAAACAAAUACAAACUAGCAAUUCACUCUUUCUCAACUUGACAGUUCACCAGUGGUCUGUCAAUUAAAAACAUACAUCUCACAACUUGGUGGUCCCAAGUUUAAAAAACAAAAACAAAAAACCGCACAACAAAAGCCAAGUGAAGUAGGUGUCUGAGCCAGGAGUAUAAAUAUUGCAAGAUGUCAUUUUUAUUCCUGAAUAAAAUUUAUUCAUUUCUAUAAAUUUAUAAAUUUUUCCUUAGGAAUUUUCUAGCAACAAACCCAGGUCUAAAGUAGCUUCAGAAAUGGGGCAUAUUAUGUAUGAUUAUUUUUCUUAAGCUAUAUCCCAAAAUUUUCAUAUUCUCAAGAAAGUGACUAGAGUGGAUAAGGAAUAAGUGAAGUAGGUGUUCAAGUCAGGCGUAUAAAUAUUGCAAGCUGUCAUCUUACAAUAUUCAUAGAAAAUAAUCACACACAAUGCCCCAUUUCUGAAG